UCUGCUGGUACCCAGGCAAAGAUGUUCACGAAGGAGAACCAUAAGCCCAUUGUAGUUGCUUAUAUGCGAUGUUAUAACUACCGUGCCGGUAUGGACAACAUUAAGCCUGUUGACGUGUUCCGCUUUCCGCUGAAGCCCCCGAACUUCGACGUCGUCUUCCUCAACAUGGCUCACAACGCUAUGUUCACGCGUAAUCCCAAAGAGGUCCAGGACCUGACGAACAAGUUAAUCCGUCAUGCGAACGAGCACUUCAAGACCGAGACCGGGGAGUACAACGGCCCAGAGACUGGGGACUGCGCGUGCCACGACAGGGCCGCGCUGGAGCGGCAGCCCAUUUUCCAGCACAACUCUCUUGUGGAGGCUGAGGUUGCCAAGGACAACGAGCGCUCUGACGGGAA